UACGUUUCGUGAAAGCGUUCCAGGGUAGCCAGCUUGCAAUCACCAUUGCUUUUCAAAACUACGUAACUUCUAGAGUGGAUCUAGGCCUACAUGUACAGGUAUAACCAUGGUCAAAAGCACAUCCAACCAUCAGUUGUAGCAUGGAGCUAUAAACCAGCUCCAUGGCUGUAGGCACCUGCACGUGAUCUUUGAUGAGCCUAACCUAAUGUCUUCAGACAUUUAUGGUGGGUAGGGGACGGUGCCUCAGCUCACCGUUUUAUCACUGGCCAGGGUCGACCGAGGAAACUCUUCAAAGACGGUGAUUUGCCCUCAAUCAUGUUGGGCCGGCUACCUUGACUGUACAUGUGAUCUACGAUUACAUGGGGUUUUUUUAGUAACGGGCCGGGAUUCUGAACAAAGUUGCGCAGCAUACCAGUACCAGCAGUUGCUUGGAAAUGCACCGACCCUGUGAGGUAAAGUGGACAUGUCGAUGGUUUUACUAAAGGGAAAGUUGGUCAGCAACUGAGCAAGCUGCAAAAUGUCAAACAACGAGAAGUUCAACUUUGAGUUGGGUCCAAUCACUUGCCACGCUUGGAACAAGGAUCGCAGCCAAAUUGCCAUCUCACCCAACAGCCAUGAAGUGCACAUCUACGCCAAGAAGGGGCCCAGCUACGAGAAACUGUACACCUUGAGUGAGCACACCCAACGUGUGACUAGUAUCGACUGGGCACCGAACAGCAACCGUCUCGUUACCUGCGGCACGGACCGUAAUGCCUACGUCUGGACGCUGAACGGCAAAGAUGGGUGGAAACCAACCCUUGUGAUCCUGCGUAUCAACCGUGCGGCCACCUGCGUCAAGUGGUCCCCCUUGGAGAACAAGUUUGCUGUCGGCAGUGGUGCUCGUUUGAUUUCAGUUUGCUACUUUGAGCAGGAAAACGACUGGUGGGUGAGCAAGCACAUCAAGAAGCCGAUCCGCUCGACCGUGACCAGCCUGGACUGGCACCCCAACAACUAUCUGCUGGCUGCCGGCUCGGCUGACUUCAAAGCAAGGGUGUUUUCGGCGUACAUCAAGGAGAUUGAAGACAAGCCUGAAGCUAACAGCUGGGGCAAGAAGAUGCCAUUUGGGAACUGCAUGCAAGAGCUCAGUGCCGGAGGCUCUGGUGGUUGGGUGCACAGUGUGGCUUUUGAUGCCUCGGGUACCCGCCUGGCCUGGGUGGGCCAUGACAGCACGGUGUCCGUGGUGAACUCUGUGGCAGACUUCCACGUCGGCGUGCAGCGGACUGGCAACCUGCCCUUCCUGACCUGCGAGUGGGCCGGGCCACACAGCCUUGUUGUUGCUGGCCAUGACUGUGAGCUGAUCCUGUUCAACAUUGACGACUCAGAGAAAGUCACCUUCGUGAGCAAGCUGGGAGUGGAGAAGAAGAAGGAAUCUGGUAACCUGAGUGCUAUGGCCAAGUUCCGCCAGCUGGACAAGAAGGCAACUACAGAGCAAGAUACGGCUAGGAGCUCCGUUCACCAGAACUCCAUCACUCAAAUCUCCAUCCACUCUGGGAGCAAGGAGAACAUCACCAAGCUGACUUCGACCAGCGUGGACGGUCAAGUGGUCAUCUGGAACUACAAGUCCCUGGAGUCAGCUGUGGCCGGCAUGCGCGUGUAGAAACAACACCCCCCAAACCGGGCAUUAGGAUGUACUCAAAUGGGGGAAAUACCCCCAUGGAGAUGUAAUGCUGAAGUAGAUUAGCCGAAUCAGUAAUGGAUAAUACCCCAAAUAGGAUAUACUGCACAUUAAAGAAAUGUAUUUCUAUCCCAAUUAAGGUUUAUACCAACUUAACGUGGUAACUGAUUUUCUAGUUAAAAGAUAUACCUCACUGUAGAGUAUGUCUGAUAAAAAAAACAUUUGAUUUUUACCCCAGGUGUAAGUUGGAACAUUUUGAUGUGAGUUACUAGUUUUUGGUGUUAGCCUGUCGUGUUUGUUAGGCUUUGGUUUGCGUUCAGCUCAGAUAAUAUGACCUGCAUUUUACAAGCACAAAUGAACCACACUUACCCCGUGAAUCUUUGAGAACGCAGCUUUUCCAGACAGAAGCAAAAAGAUGCAUCAUCUUCAAUAGGGAAAUUGUCCUUAAUUUUUCACUGUCUUUCUUACGAGUUUUGUUUGCAUGCUUGCAUGUUUGGAAAUCCUAAUUGCACAGAAAGUCUAGCAUUUCACUUUUCUACAGGUUUUCUGGUACCUGAAUAGGUCAGUUUUUGAAACUUUCUUGAUACUUAUGCAUUGAUUAUUUCUUUUGUUUACAGUCAUAACAUUCCACGUUUCACUUCGAAGUGGUCCUGAUGGACCAGCUUUUUAGUUUUAAUUAGAACUAAAGCUUCAGUAAGUUUGGACUUGAGGCUUUGGUGAAGGCACAUUUAUAAGGAUGAGAAAACCUUGCACAAAAUUGUUGGUUAUUACAGUUGAAUUCAGAAUCUGUUACUAACAUUGGCCCACUUUUGGUCAUGGUUGACCUUGUAAUAAAUGAUUUUAGGUUGGUUGUACAAAAAAUUGUGAAGGUACUCUCUCCCUUUGAAAGCAGAUAUUGCCUGUUUUUGUUGGUUGACAUUUUGAAACUAAUUGUCACUUAUUGCAGUUUCUUAUGCACACGUUCACUGGUUUCCUAUGGUCACCUUAAGAAAUGCUUUGAAAUCCAUGUAUGGUUGUCAUUACUACACUGUAGAAUCCUUUUAAAAGGCUGCGUCUGAAUAUUUGUGGCCACUGCUGACAAUUUCACAAUCCCACAUGGUAGCCGCUUCCCAUAGACACAUUACUGCCAGCCACAGCCAAUAAAGACACAGCUACACAUGA